CGACGUAUUUUACGCGCGCGUGAUCGAAAAAUAUUUAUAUUUCCUUUCUCCUCUCUUCUCCUUCUCUACCCCCUCCCCGUGCGGAUUUCGAGUUCACACGCGCGCUCUUCGUUCCUGUCAUCGUCCGUUUCAACUGUCAUAGUCACCGCACUAACGCCAUCAACUCUCGCGCAUUUUUCUCGUUUGCUUUUACACGGUAAAUAAGAUCCGUUAGCUGGCUGCAUGGGAGGCACUUAUUCACGCAAUAUGGAUAUCGAACACGAUCCAGGGCUCGCCGCUGUCCUGCAAUACUUGAUACGCAGCGGCCAGCUACACAUCAUAGCUUCGGAUCACGAUGACUCGGAAGAGGAAUACGCCGCAAAUUCGCAACCUCCGAGAAUUACGUCUUCACCGAAUACGUCCAGAUUAGAUGAAAACGAAAUAAGCCUAGCCACAAAAUUAGCGUGCGGAUACGUAGACAGUUCACAGAAACGUAAUUUGUCAGUGACGUCGAUGAUACAGAGGAGAGCUUUGGGUCCUAAUUUCAGUACAGGAGAAAGGUGUCGAAUAAGUAGUAAUUUUCUACCGAAUAAAAUGCACCAAGUUGCUAAACACAACAUCAAAGCAUUUUGCGGUUCUUAUUCGGAAGAUGGAAGACUCUUUUUAACUGCUAGCCAAGAUAAAUUCCUACGUCUAUACCAAACCCACGAUGGAGAGUUUGUAGAAUUCAAAACUGUCCGUGCACGAGAUGUCGGUUGGAGCAUUUUGGACACUGCAUUCAGUCCUGAUGGCAACUAUAUAGUUUAUUCCAGUUGGUCAGAGUGUUUGUAUUUAUGGCCCGUUUAUGGAGACUCCAGCACGCAAGAGUCGUUGUCGUUGCGUCCAGAGGAACGAAGGUUCGGUGUGUUUUCCGUAGUAUUCUCCAGCGAUGGACGAGAAAUUCUGAGUGGCGCCAACGACGGUUACCUUUACAUAUACGAUCGCGAAUGUCAUCAACGCGCGUUCAGGAUCGAAGCUCACGAUAACGACGUUAACACGGUAGUAUUCGCGGAUGACACGUCACAGAUUUUGUAUAGUGCUGGCGACGACGGUCUCUGCAAGGUCUGGGACAGAAGAACUCUCAACGAAACAGAUCCACAUCCGGUCGGAGUGUUGGCUGGACACAUGGACGGAAUAACGUACAUCGAUCCACGCGGUGACGGCCGAUACCUCAUCACGAACAGUAAAGAUCAAACGAUUAAAUUAUGGGACGUGCGCGCGUUUUCGGAUCACAACGGAGAACGGAACACGCGCAAGGCUGUGGCGAACCAAAAUUGGGAUUAUCGAUGGCAAAAAGUUCCGAAACGACUGCACAAAGCGAGGAAUAUGCUGGAAGGUGAUACCAGCAUCAUGACCUAUCGCGGCCACUCCGUUCUUCAAACUUUAAUACGUUGUCAUUUCUCCCCUGCUUCCGUAACGGGUCAAAGGUAUAUAUAUACUGGAUGCGCCGCUGGACGAGUGAUAAUAUACGACGUUUUAACUGGCAGGAUAGUCAGUAGCUUAGUGGGUCACAAAGGAUGCGUGCGCGACGUCAGUUGGCAUCCGUUCCAUCAGGAGAUUGUUUCUACGUCUUGGGAUGGCGCAAUCCUCAGCUGGAGAUACGCCGGGAAAACCGCUCUGGACAAUUCCGAUUCGGAAAAGGAGAUCGACGUGGAAUCGCCCCCGUGCACCUUGAGACGGAGUCAACGAAUAGCUGCUCAACGAGCGAAACACGCCGCGGCCUGUUGAGUUCCAUAGAUUCCAACCGAGAAAUCGGACGUUCUCGGGAAUUCGGUCUUUUCGUUCUUACGAGGAAAAAGUUAACGCGUUCGACGCACGCGACGAAACGUUCUCGCUUCGACGCCGACUGACCGUACGUCGGCGUAUUCGUGAUAGAGAGACGCGACAUUUUUCUAUAAGACUGAGUCGUCAUCGAACGCGUGUACUUUAACGGAAUCAACGUCGCGAUUCCGAUCGUUUUGACGUCGCGUUGCACGAGCGACGCUCGUCUCACGGAAAGCGUGGAAAAUUGCCGAGAUCCACCCCGGCUACGCGAAUCGGUUAGUUUAUGUCGGAACUUGCCUAUUUUUUAGUCUACUCUGUGGUUUUAUUUUAAUUUUAUUUUAAUUUUCAAAUCGGAUAUCGAUCGAGCGAUACGAUGUCAGUUCGCUCGAAAGCGAUAUCCAAAGAUUUUUGAAAAUUCUCCUUUUUCUCUCUUCCUAGUCUUUUCUUUCUUUUAAUCUUCUUAUAGUUUCUUGCGCCUCUUUUAAUCCGUUUACUAUCUCGUUAAUUUUUGUCCGACCAGAGCAUUAUAACCAAAUCGUGCUUUUAUAAAUGAAUAGAAAUCGCGUGGCCGGCGGCGAAACGGAAAGUGCGAGGGGGCGGUAAAGGAAUGGGAGAAAAGAGACGGUUCGGUGUUUACGGCGUAGCUGUUUUGUAAGUUGACCAAGAGCGAAAAGGACGGUAAUACAUACGUGUACAUUUUGCAAUGUAUAUCUGCUCUGUAAGGUACGUUUAAAUGUUACGAACGGAAUUUAAAAAAGUUGUACAGAUAUUUAAAUAUAUAAAAGCAUACCUGCACAUAGAACAUACGUAUGUACAUAUAUGUACCGCAUAUGUAUGCGAUACACACACACCUACCUACCUAGAUGUAUACAUACAUACGUACGUGCAUACAUAGUAUAUAAGCAUAGCUUAUAUAAUAUAUUACAUAGUAUAUAAGCAUUAUUGAUACGUUUGCGAAAGGUACUUUUGAUAAAUAAAUUAUCGUUAAUUUAUUA